AUGAACCGGCAGCUAGUGAGAAUUUUGACAACCUUGUUUGCAUUUUUCUUAGAGACAAAUCACUUCAGGACGACUUUCUGUAAAGAACAUGAUUCAAGAUCUGGAAAAUCCCCCUCACAGACCCUGUCUCCUUCAGAUUUUUUGGACAAAUUGAUGGGAAGGACAUCGGGGUAUGAUGCUAGAAUCAGACCAAAUUUUAAAGGUCCUCCUGUAAAUGUUACCUGCAACAUAUUUAUCAACAGCUUUGGUUCAAUAGCAGAAACUACAAUGGACUACAGAGUGAACAUUUUUUUGAGACAGCAGUGGAACGACUCACGUUUGGCUUACAGCGAAUAUCCCGAUGAUUCCCUGGAUUUGGAUCCUUCUAUGUUGGACUCUAUUUGGAAGCCGGAUUUAUUCUUUGCCAAUGAGAAGGGAGCAAACUUCCAUGAUGUCACGACAGACAACAAGUUACUGAGGAUUUCUAAAACUGGAAAAGUUUUGUACAGUAUCAGGCUUACUUUAACCUUAUCCUGUCCCAUGGACUUGAAGAAUUUUCCUAUGGAUGUACAGACAUGUACAAUGCAGCUAGAGAGCUUUGGCUACACUAUGAAUGAUCUGAUAUUUGAGUGGUUAAGUGAUGGUCCUGUGCAAGUUGCAGAGGGUUUAACCUUGCCACAGUUUAUUUUGAAAGAAGAUAAAGAACUUGGUUAUUGCACAAAACAUUACAACACUGGAAAGUUUACAUGCAUUGAAGUCAAGUUUCAUUUGGAGCGUCAGAUGGGAUACUAUUUAAUCCAGAUGUACAUUCCUAGCCUGCUGAUUGUCAUUUUGUCCUGGGUUUCUUUCUGGAUCAACAUGGAUGCUGCUCCAGCUAGAGUCGCACUGGGUAUCACUACAGUUUUGACAAUGACCACGCAAAGUUCAGGAUCGAGAGCUUCGCUCCCAAAA